AUGGCGCUAAUCUUGCUGUAUACCCUGGAAAGUUUUGAUGAAACAGUAAAUAUUAAUAUUGAAACAUCGUAUUUGCGAUGGAACAAUACAUUCCCUGCUACGUCGAUCUGCUACACAAAAGGGCGAAGUUUGAAAUCUAUUGGAACCUUUUUAGAAGCACAUUGGGCAGAAAACAAUCUGAGUAAACCUGCAAGGUUUUCCAGUUUUUUACGUCUUGCGCAAAACUAUUUGUUCGUCAGUCCCAGUAACAACAUUGACGACCGUGGAAUGAUGUGUAGUGGAAUGAAUGAAACUUGUAAUCUGGAUCUGGCAACUAUGCAAGAAUUGUUUUUCCCCAAAUCAUGUUCGGAAAUUUUCAUCGAUGUUUGGUUUCUUGGAAAAUCAUAUAGGUGUGAAGACAUAUUUCAACCAUUUUACACAGAAAUGGGACCCUGCUAUGUAUCGAACAGUAUUUUCUCUUACAAAAUGGAUUAUGAAAAAUUACCAUUAAAAUACACUUAUGAAAAUGAUAGAAAAACAUUCGAAUUUCAGUACAAAGAAAUAGAGGCAAUCAAUUUUGUGCUGUUUAUUCAUAGCCCCGAAGAACUUCCGUAUUCGUUAAUGCCACCAUUCAGACUUCGGAAAUAUGGAGCAUUCAUGCACUACACAUUGAAUACUAUCGAAGUUUACAAUCAUGUGGAUGUCAAAGAUGAGCCUAUCAACAAAAGAGAAUGUCGUUUUCCAAAUGAAAAUAUAACAGCGCGGUUGCCAUAUAGCUUUACCAAUUGUUUUCUUAUUAAAAGAAUAGAAAUGGAACUCGCUCAAUGCAACUGCACAAUACCAACAUCACCGGUUGAAUACGAAUCAAAGUACUGCAAUUUCACGGGACUUGGAUGUAUAGCAAGAGCUAACAUACUAGUCGCAGUUAAGGAAACGCUUUUCGGAGACAAGGAUUCAUGCAUUCAGUCGUGCUUAGAAAUGGAAAUCAACUUGUUGGGCGACAACACUUUCAACAUGGACGAUCUAAAUGCACCAGGCCACGUGAUGUUGGAAAUAAUGAACGUACCGACAAGUAGAUACGAAAGAUCUGUAUCACAUACUAAUUUGGAUUUCAUAGUAUCUCUAGGAGGAGUCGGAGGCCUAUUUUUUGGAGUAUCACUACUAAGCAUUGUGGAAAUUUUCUAUUUUUGGUUACGACGAUCAUCAAUAAUUUAACUUUUCGGAACUCGCAUAGUCCUGGAUCACUGAUGCAGUCUCGACUGCGUUUAUGAAUGAUAGGCGCGCUGUUUUUUCUUGCUAUAACCACGACCGAAAAAAAAACUCGGCGGUACGAAAAUCAUUUUUUGUUAAAUAUCUUGGCUGUGCAUACGCAAGCACAUGUUUGGAAAUGAACAAAUUGAUAUGAAAUUUGCCAAAA